AAGAGGAGGAGAGGCGGGCAGAGGAGCAGGAGAGGGGGGCAGAGAGGCAGCAGAGCGGAGCACAGGGGCAGGAGAGGAGGGCACAGGGGCAGCAGAGCGGAGCAGGGGAUCAGCAGAGCGGAGCAGAGGCGGAGGCGCCGCCGCCCCGCGCUCCGAGCGGGACGGGCCCGAGCUCCGCCGCCACCGGCGCUGCCCCGGGCGGGAGCGGGGGGGUGACACCGGCGGUGACAGCGACCCCGGCGCGGGGCCGGCGGCGAUGGCGGCGGGGCUGUGGCGGCGCUGGGCGCUGUGGGCCGCGCUGCUGCUGCUGGCGGCGGCGCAGGAGCCGUGGCGGCAGCUGAUCCAGUGGGAGAACAACGGGCGGCUCUACAGCCUGCUCAACAGCGGCGCGGAGUUCGUGCCCGCCGGGCAGGAGCGGCCCGCGGGGACGCGCCUGUGGCUGGCGGGGACCGCGGGGACCGCGGGGACAGCGGGGACAGCGGGCAGCGUCCGCCGCCAGGCUCCCGCCUCGGGGACGGUGCGGGGACAGGCGCGACAUCCCUUCGGCUUCGGCCAGGUGCCGCCCAACUGGCGGGACGGGCCCGUGGGCGACGGCGCGGGGGGACAGCGGCGACAGACGGCGCGCGGCCGGCAGGCGACGGCGACAGCCUCGGGGGUGGCCGCGUCCUCGUUCGCCUUCGCCUCGGCGGGACAGCCGCCCUUUGUCGCCGCGGGGGUGGCGGGGCAGCCGCCCUUCGUCGCAGCUGGGGUGGCACCGCACGAGGGGGUCCCGAGGAGCGCAGGGACAGGGAUGGGGACAGGGAUGGGGACAGGGAUGGGGACAGGGAUGGGGGCAGGGAUAGAAAUGGGGAUGGGGACAGGGAUGGGAACAGGGACAGGGAUGGGGACAGGAGCAGGGAUGGGGACAGGAGCAGGGAUGGGGCCAGGGCCGUUCCCGCUGCAGCCCCGCGCGUUCCCCGAGGAUUUCGCCGAGGAUCCCCCUCCGUACGGGGCCGCGGGGUUCCCUCUGGACCGCCGCUACUCCCACAGCCUCUACCACGACUCCGAGCCCGAGGCGCGCCCCGGGGCGGCCUCCGCGGAGAACCUGCCCUUCGGGGCGCCGCUCCCGCCGCAGCGCCGGCAGCAGCCGCCGUUCCGCGAGCCCUACGGGACCGGCAUGGCCCGGCCCGAGCCCUUCGGCACCGGCAUGGCCCGGCCCGAGCCCUUCGGCACCGGCAUGGCCCGGCCCGAGCCCUUCCCGGCCGAGAUCCCGCAGGCCGUGCCCGACAGCCAAGCCCGGCUCAGCGUGGGCAGCGUCUACAGGCCCAGCCUCGGGGCGCGCGGACUCCCGGAUCUGGUCCCGGAUCCCAACUACGUCCAGGCCUCCACGUACGUGCAGAGGGCGCACCUGUACUCGCUGCGCUGCGCCGCCGAGGAGAAGUGCCUGGCCAGCACGGCGUACGCGGCCGAGGCCACCGACUACGACGUGCGGGUGCUGCUGCGCUUCCCGCAGCGCGUCAAGAACCAGGGCACGGCCGACUUCCUGCCCAGCCAGCCCCGCCACAGCUGGCAGUGGCACUGGCACAGCUGCCACCAGCACUACCACAGCAUGGCGGAGUUCAGCCACUACGACCUGCUGGAUGUCACCUCGGGGCGCCGCGUGGCCGAGGGACACAAGGCCAGCUUCUGCCUCGAGGACACCACCUGCGACUUCGGCCACCUCAAGCGCUACGCCUGCACCGCCCACACCCAGGUGACACCGGGACAGUGGCUUUUGUCACUUUGGUCACUUUUGGUCCCUCUUUGUCCCUUUUGUCCCCACUUGUGCCACUACGCCUGCACCGCCCACACCCAGGGGCUCAGCCCGGGCUGUUACGACACCUACAAUGCCGACAUCGACUGCCAGUGGAUCGACAUCACCGACGUUCCCCCCGGGAAUUACAUCCUCAAGGUCCAGGUCAAUCCCAAAUAUUUGGUGCUGGAGUCGGAUUUCACCAACAACGUCGUGCGCUGCCACAUCCACUACACCGGGCGCUUCGUGUCCGCCUCCAACUGCCGCAUCCACCAAUCCUGAUGGCAGCCGAAUCCCAGGAUUUCCCGGGACAUUCCCGAGGUGGCUCCGACGCCUUCCCAAAAUUCCCCCUUUUCCCAAUAAAAAGCGGGGAAGCCA